AUGUUGGGACAUAAAGCAUUAAAAAUUGACGAGAUUAUGGAUAUUUUAAAUUCUUCUGAGAACGAUUGUGAAAUUGUUACUGAUGUUCGAAAAUCAGAAAAAGUAAAUGUAAUAUACAUCCCUGCAGACGUUGAUGAAGUAAGUGACAAUGAGGCAAUUGAUGAUGAUGUUAUUGAGGACAAUGCUCCGCUUUCAGUGGAUAUUGCUGGCACAAUGGAACUAGAAUAUGCGGUUGCCGAAGUUGAACUUCACGCUUUGCCAGACCAACAACAGAAUGCAAAGGCACCUUCAAAAAAAUUUAUAUCCUUGGCUCAUUACAGUCCCGCAGUUUGGCGGAAGCGUCCUUUCGCGUAUAAUAAUCAGCCGGAGAAUGUUGAAGCUAAAACCGUUGAGAAAGUAGUAAGAACAUUAGGUGGAAAAUCGCCUUUAGAAUUGUUUGAGUUUUUCUUUGAUGAGAACAUGAGUAAUAUGAUAAUCAAUUUUAGCAAUGAAUAUGCUUUACAAAACAAUGCUUGCCUUGAUCUUAAGCAAUUUGAACUUAAGAGGUUUAUUGGUAUACUUUUUCUGAGUGGUUAUCAUUCACUUCCACAAUGGAAACUUUAUUGGUCGCUAAGUCCAGGUAUGGAAGUGCAAAUUGUUCGCAAUGCAUUACCUCGCAGUCGAUUUGAGGCAAUCAAGAGGUUUAUUCACUUAUCUGAUAACACCAUGCUAAAUAAACAAGAUAAAUUUGCAAAAGUCCGGCCGUUCAUUGACGCUAGCAAUUACCGUUUUAUGCAAUUUGGUAUUUGGUCUCAUGACUUGUCAAUUGAUGAACAGAUGUUACCAUAUUUUGGUAGACAUUCAUGUAAAAUGUUUAUCUGUGGAAAGCCAAUUCGAUUUGGCUUUAAAGCUUGGUGUUUGUGCUUAUCAGCUGGUUACUUGUAUCAAAUCAUUUUGUAUGGAGGUGCCGCUACACCUCAUGAUAAAACUGUUGGACUUGGAGGCGACAUUGUUCUAAAAUUGUUGGAAAAUGUUACUUCGCCAUUAACUCAUCGCAUUUUUUUGAUAACUAUUUCACUUCAUUUCAUCUUAUGUGUCUUCUAA